CACCACAAAUAAAAUAAUCGAAAACCAUCAGUCGUGAUAUGAAGUUCAGAAUGUCUUUACUCUUCGAUGAAUCAUUGAAAUCAAUUGAAUUUCUUUAUAAAUAUGUUGGGAUAUAUUUGGAUCGUACAAUUCUGAAUAACGCAGAGCAUAUAAUAAAAUUCAGAUCGCUGUAUAUAAUAAGUUUCCUUUGGCUGAACACGGAUGCUAUCGGUGCAAUAUUAUGGGUCAUACAGGGCGCUCUACACGGGAAAAGUCUAACCGAAUUGACUUAUGAAGCACCCUGUACAACUUUAUGCUUGCUUGGAAACAUUAAAUCCCUCUCUCUGGUUCUUAAUGAUGAUAAAGUAAAGCUAUUAUUCAAACAAAUUCGGAACAUGGAGAAUAAUAUUGAUAUUGGCGAUGAAGUAGUUAAGAAGAAAAUCGUUGCUGAAGGGAUAACGUAUUUAAGGGCUGUUAUAAAGUCUUUGAAUGUAAUCAACACUCUUACACUGAUAUUGUUUGGUGUGUGCCCUUUACUGUUCAUUGGAUUAGAAUAUAAGAAAUCGGGACAGAUUGAGCUGGUUCUACCGUUCCUGGUUGUUUAUCCGUUUAAUCCUUAUGACAUCAAAUACUGGCCUUUUGUAUACGUGCAUCAAAUGUACUCUGCAUACAUAGUGGUGACUUGGGUUGCUGGAACCGACUGCCUCUUCUAUACAUGCUGCACUAGCAUCUGCACGCAGUUUCGUUUGCUGCAAAACGACAUGGAAUCCAUUAUUCCUGACCGUAAUUUUGUCGAAGAUGUGUUUCGGGAAAAGUUUAAGAAUUUAGUUGUUCGUCAUGAGGGCAUCAUGCAGUCAGUCAUUCAAUUGGAAAGCAUCUAUACGAAAUCGACGCUUUUCAAUUUCGUGACAAGUUCAUUCUUGAUUUGCCUGACGGGAUUUAACGUCACGGCUCUAGGCAACAUAGGGUUCAUGUUGCCCUUCCUCUCAUUUUUGAUGAUGAGUCUGAUGCAGAUUUACCUGCUCUGUUUUUACGGAGACAUGAUUAUGACAUCGAGCAUGGAAGUAAGCAACGCCGUGUAUAAUUCCAAAUGGUAUACAGUGAACGCAAAAGCAGCAAAGCACCUGUACGUGGUUCAAAUGAGGGCACGGAAACCCUCCAAGUUGACGGCGUACAGUUAUGCCGACGUCAACCUGAAGUCCUUCACAAAGAUAUUGAGCACGGCUUGGUCAUACUUCGCUCUCUUGAAAACUAUGGAGAGCCCGACGCGAGCGUAGUUCUUCACUUCUUCUAGAAGUGAAUUCUAAAGCACAGAUUUUCAUUGGACUUGUUUGCGUUUAGACUCAC